UGCCGUGGUUAAGUCAGUCGUCUCUCUGUUAGUUAUUGCAGCACGAUGAAUGCACAGCAUUGAUUUUUAAACGGUUUUACGCUAAUGUCGCAGCUACCCGCAAAGAAACGGAAUUGCUUGACACACGUUAAGGACCCCGGCACGUCGAGGCGCAACAAAAUUUAAUAUUUACCGCGAUAAAAUGUGUCAAUACCGGGUACAAUAAAUAAGGAAUGGGAAUUGACAGUAUGAGAGUCGGAGGAGGCCGAUGUCCUCCCGUCCUUGUCGGUGGUCUCCUCGUCGCUUGUUUAAUGCUCAUUUGCAACUGGUGGACUCUGUCUUCGGAAAAUAUCGAGCUAGUUAGACAAAUUGAUGAAUUAAAUGAGCAACUGAAAAUCAGUGCUGAAGAGAGAGAUCAAUGUGUGACAUUACGUGGAAAUCUGGAGAAAAGGUAUAAGCAUGUAGAGGAAGAGGUGGCAUCACUUCAUGUUCGUUUGGACCAACAAACAGAUUUGAAGAAGAAAAAUGAGGAAUUGAGGGAAUCAAUCAAUGUGUACAAGACUGAUCUGGAUUCCUUGCGCAAAUUAGAUGUUACUAAGUCUGCAACACUAAAAACCUUGAGAGAGGACAACGAUAAUUUUAAUACACAAUUAUAUGAAAAACUACAGGAAAAUAAAAAAUUACAAAAAGAGAUAGUUCAGUUGAAGGAUGAACUGGACAAAGUUAAACUUACAUGCACCAGAAAUCCUGAAAAGAAUCCUGAAUUAACUCAACAGUCUACAAGAACAGCCAAUAACAAGACUCAAUCGGGUUCUGUUGUGGAGUCGGCUGUAAAAGUAUCUGUAGCCGGUCAGCGUGGUUUGAAGUACCAUGGAAUCCCAAUUCUUCCACGAGAUCCACCCGGUGCUGUGCGCCAAAGUCCUCGCCUCUCAGUUACAAUGCUGAAAGCUAAAGCAAGUCCAAAAGAACCAAAUCAUGCUGUGGCACCAGACGAUCUAGAUGGAGUAGAAAUAGAGGGUCCAGAUGAUAGUAAACAAGGGAAUCCGGCAUCCGCCGAUAGUACUACAGUAGAAAGUGACAGGGAUCAACAAAUGAAAGCAACAGGCAAUGUGGAUAAAUAAUGCAAGGGGACUUCGUACACUAAU